AUGGACUAAAAAUAGCAAAUUUUUAUUUAAAAAAAUAUAAUCAGUAAUUUAUAAAAUCACAAUUGUGUAUGCAGAUGCAAUUUUCUCUCUUUACAAUGUAUGUUACAAAAAAAUAGAUUUUAUUAUCAACACUUUCAUUUAUCGUGCAUUAUAUCACAUCUCUUUUCCUUACAAAUGAAACAAAGACAAUAUGUCAUGAAUAUUAAAAAGUUUCGUAAUUACGAGUCAUGUGGGAGCAAACAUAGAAUCGAGAAUGUAUUAGCAUUAUUACCACUUGCGUUGAUAUAAUCUCACUUAUGACAAUCGAAUCUAGCGCAGUAAAGUACGCACGCGAUUUGUAAAUAUGUUUAUCAAAAUUUGUUUCUUCGUUUCUCUGAUAAGCGCGAGUAUCAGUGUGUAUACAAGAAUCAGCAGUAAGGCUAACAAUAUUACGUUCAAGUAUAUGAAAGGAAUUGAAGGGGAAAGCGAUUUACAUAACUGUGAGCCAUAUGAGGUAUGCAAUGUAGUUCAUGACCGAUUUUGGAUGCCUGGUUUGACGGAAAGACUUUGUCAGUGCCCUAAUGGUAAAGAAUGUCCAUGGACGAAAACUUUGGAUAAUUCAACUAUGUUUCUCAAUAAUAGAUCCAUCUUGAAGUUUUGCACGCAAUUAAUGGAAUUGGAGAUAUGCGAGCAUAAACAAGAAGCAAUGAUAGUAUAUGGAGAAAGUGAUACAAGUAAUAGUAAUCUAACACCAUACAAUGUGACAAUGAAUUGCUUAUGUCCGCAAACACAUUACUGGAGGUUGCAAAGAUUUACGUACGAGGAGUAUGGUUUCAUUCAAAUAUUUAGAUGUGUCAAGAAAAGCAUGUGCGAGACUUUGGAGUUUUGCGGCUAUAUACGAUCUGACCUGUAUUCAACAUAUUAUAGAUGUACAUGCCCGGAAAAGCAUUUAUGCGUUUUCAAGAAUAAAACACAGGUAAAUGUGCAAGAAUUGCUCUAUUCCGGUCCUGCUUAUAUAGCUUAUUGUUACCGUUAUUAAAUAUGCAAAGAUAUUGCUAUUUAACAUAAAUGUAAAAAAAAUAAAGUACUUUUAAGAACAUAAUGU